CUCUCCACCCGGAAGUACAAUGGGGCAGAUAUAUAGUCAGAUGGAAAGAGAGAUCAGCUUCCUGAAUCUAGUUUUCCCCAGAGCAGAUCUAACGUUUUAAUUCGGACAUUACGGUAAUUGUGGAUAUUUUACAGCAUGACUUUUACCAGGCCUAAAAAGAUUUUUUUUUUAAUUUUAUUUAUUGAAUUGUCUCCAGAUUUUUUUUUUUUUUUUUUUGCAGUGGUGGCAUUCAAAUAAAAAAAAUUUUAAGUGCUAACGUUUAUGUUAAAAUUAACAAAAUAAUUUUUUUUUUAUUUUUUUUAUUUAAUUUUCACAAAAUUUUUUUUUUUUUUUUUUUUUUUGCAGUGGUGGCAUUCAAAUAAAAAUAAUUUUAAGUGCUAACGUUUAUGUUAAAAUUAUCAAAAUAGAUAAUUCUCUUCGUAACAAUGUGACUAACGCUACCAGAUGGCGCUGAUUUCACUAAAUAAAAUUCCCCAUAACUGCGCUAAAUGGUAGGCCUAUUCCUAAAAAUACCGCGAGUGCGUUUGGUACGUAAUACUUUCUUUUGUUUUUACCAAAAAUAGUAUCACAUUAAUUUAUUGUUUUUAAUCUUCGGUAUAAAAGGGGCUGGCACAUUAGAAUACCAAUAUAGUUCAGGGGCUUGGAAAAAAAAAAGUGCGUUUGCGAAACUGGGGGGCAGGGCUGGCGGCACUAAUUGGGACUCUUAUAAAAUGCGUUACAUGAGUGUAUGUUGUUGUUUUUUGUGUUUUUUUUAAAUAGUGGAUGGGAAGCUCACGCGAUGUGGCCACCAUUGUUUUGCGGGUAAUCAGAGGCGUAGAGUGGUGGGGGCAGGGGGGACAGAUGUCCCCGGGCGCCAGCUAGUUAGGGGCGCCAAAAUGUGCUUUGAUAUUAUUUUAUUGAUGAAAAUAAUGGGUUUGAGAGUUGAAAAAAAAGAAAAAGGGGCGCUAAAAAUGAAUCUUGUCCCCGGGCGCGAAUCUUGUCCCCGGGCGCCAAACACCCUCGCUACGCCACUGCGGGUAAUAGCGAGAGUAAAUGCUACAUUCUCUUGUGGGGGCCGAGCUUACGCUCUUAAGGCCCUGGCCAGUUUGACAACGUCUUGCCUCAUUUGGCGGGCAUCGCCGUAAAAAAAAUAAAAAAUAAUAAUAAUCAUUAACACAAGCGUCCGUGCUCAGACCUCAGACCCAUCCGUCUCCGUUCUCGGUGCAGCCAAGCAACAGGUGCUCCGCCGUUUCAGUAGCCAGGCCAUAUGAUCGGCAGGAUAGGAUCCUCUGCGUGAGUUUAGUCGAUUGAGCUAACUGCCUGUCGCGCAGUGGUCCGCCCUCGUUUGCGCUACCACUGGGCUCUGUUCACGUCUUUUAGAAAAUGUCUAUUUCAUGAUUACGUUAAUGCUUAUAUAUCUUAUAAAUUUUUUUUAUAGCAGACACUUCAGCAUUAUUUACAGGGCAAUCGAUUACAAGUAGUGUACAUGGGAACAAAUAGAGCAUCUGGCGUACUUACUGAAUUAUAAUAAUAUACUAUGGCAUAAGUUAAGUUUUUUUUUUUAAAGCCAUAGUUAACGUGCUUAUCAUAUCAUCAGUAUCACACUCAUUUCAGUUACAAGCGUAUGUAAUUUCUGCUAUUCCAUUCAAAAGACAGGUUGAAGUGGUUGCACCCAGUUUGGAAAAAGGGGGUGGGGGGAGGGCAGUAUCAGUUCUCGAGGCCCUUGCUUCUUGAAGGCCCAGGUCCGGAUACUUUUAAAAUGUGACCAUUUUAAUUGACUCUUUCACUCUCAUCUUAGCGGGGGCAGCCAUUCCCCUCCUCCACCACCCCCGUUUUCAACUUGUUAAAUGUUUUCAUAAUAGGUAUUUGGUCCUUGUUGAUGCACUCUUUACUUACUUAUGCCUUUUACCCCGCCUGUGGUCACGAAGACGUCCGCAAGAGCACUGCAUUCAUCUCGGUGCUGUGCUUUCUUCCAGUUGCAUCCCAAACUUUUUGCGUGUCUGCCUCUUGCUAGCUUCUUCGUGUAAACACUAUACUUCGUAUGUCUGCCUCUAUAGCUAGCGUCCUCGUGUAAAUACAUACUUUGUAUGUCUGCCUCUCGCUAACGUCUUCGUGUAUUCUUUGGCCUUCUCCAUUUCCCCCCCCCCUUUGUGGUUUAAUGCUAUUAAUAGGAGAUUGGUGGGUUUUUUCUGUGGGGUUUACGCAGUGUGUGCCUUGUCCAGCUCCGUUAUUUCAUUGUGAUGCCUUUAGCAAUAGACUGUAGGUAUAUCCAGUGGCGUAGCUAGGGAUUGGGGGGGGGAUUUGGAGGCCCGGGGGGCUUGGCCUCUUUAGGGGCCCCUGCAUUUUGACAUUCGACAUUAAUUAAUGUAAAAAAAAAAUUUCGGACACGCCUUUGGGCCCCCCCCCUCAAGUAGGGACAUGGGGAGACUUUCGAAUUUUGACCCUCCUCCCCCCUCCCCUAGCUACGCCACUGGGUAUAUCUCUGCAGUAAGUCUUUGCUAGUGAUGUAUUUGCCCAUUUCACAUUCACGAUCUUUGUAAGGCAAGUGUUUGUGAAGCACUGUCCUUUCUGCUCGAUGUUCGCUUUUGCUCUCUCCAAGUUUCGACAAUGUUAGAAGUAAAAUCGUAGCUAUUUCCAGACAUUUCAAGCUAAUUAAAACAAGUAGCAUCACUAGGACGUGUUUUGUAUACAUUUAAAAGCCGCGCUCGCGGCACAUGUAAACUUUUAUUUUUAAUUAGCCAUAAAAUAUUUCCAAACAUAUUGACAUUGACUUUGGUUAAAAAAAAAAAGAAAAGAGAUAUUUUUUAGUGCAUGUCAAUUAUUUAUGUGUGCGUGUGUGUGUGUGGGUAGUCUUUUCUAUAUUCAUGGAAAGAGACCACGUUGCCAGUUGAAUCGCUGGUGUUGGAAGGAAUGGUCGAGGCGGAAGAGGUGGUCCACCCAGGGCGGAACUUUUUUCUUUUUACUGAGGGGCAGAAAUUUCCUGCGGCUUCAAAUAUCUUAAUUUCCAUGAUGGAAAAAAAAAGUGUGGCCGGUGGGGGGGGGGUAAAAACAAAAAAAAAAAAAAAAAAAAAAAAAAAUCCUAGCUCAAGCUCCAUUUCCAGCUCCGCCAACGAUUUGUUUAUAGGUAGCAUAUCAUUUAAAGUUGUAAAAUGUAACUUCAUGUAACAAUAUUGUAAUGCCAUUUAAUAAAGAAGAUAUAUAUUUAUUAUAAAACUUUAAACAUUCGAAAAUUGAUACCCGAGAUGUUUUAGGAAAUUGCUCAUUGUGAAGGGUAUGGGCAAUUUGCAUUAAUUCAUGUAUUUAUAAGCCGAAUAUGAAUAAGAAAUACACUCUGGGUCAUGUGACUAAUAAAAAUGUUAUUUUUAGCGUCCAGUAAGAAAGUGUUUUGAAAUCAUGUGUUCUUUUUUCGCAUGUUCAAGAUGGUGGAUAUGUGAUCCAAAAUAUAUAAUUUAAAAUUGUUUGAAUGUCUUUGACAAGGUUAGGGAAUGUUAAAAACAUCUAAACCCAUCGCUUAAAAUGGAGAAAAAUCGGCCAGGAAUUAAUUUAGGAUAUUAAUUUAUUAAUUAUUUAAAUUAUUACGUAAAAUGUGGCAUAUAUUUAAAAUUCGCACGUCCAUAUUUGCGUCAUUAAAUUCAAAUUAUUAUCUUUUCUAAAUUUUUACUUUGACCACAAAGUCACAAUUACAAUCAAAUGCAUAAUUUAUUCCUGCCAAAGAGUCAAUUUAAAAAAAUCAAAAUAUUUAAGAACUAAUUGCAAUUUAAUUAUUCUUUUUGGCCUUAAACUUAAAGUAAGCAAAAGCAUUUUAAAGAGUUAUCAUAAAUAACUGAUAAUGAUAAAGAGAUUAUUAUUGUAAAUUGUUGUGUAAAUUGUGUAAAUACUAAAUAUACAUGUAUAUUAGUCUUAGGAGUCUAAGUAGUGUAGCCGUAGCACAAACACUUAGAAUCUACUCUACAGUUCAGUGAAUGACAGUUUUACAUAUUUAUUUUUUAUAAACUCAAGAAAUUCAGGUCCUGAUACUGAUAACUCUAACCUGAACCUUUUAUUUGUUCUUAACGUGUUGUAUAAAAAGAAGUGGUACAGGAAAAAUUGUAAGAAAAAGGAUCCAGAGAAAAACUGCAAAGAAAAAUGAUACGGAGAAAAAGGAUUUUAAGAAAAAUCCAAAUAAAAAAGGACAAUAUAAAGUGUCUGAAUAGUUCCAAUCAAACGUGGCACAAUUACAAAUAUGAUUCAAACUUUAAAUGCAAAACCCAUUUGCUUGAUCCUGAGCAAUAGAGUCGCUCAAACACAUGAAUAAGCAACUACAUCAGGUCACACCCGGACCAAGCCUAUCUAGAAACUGACUUUCGGUAGAGUCACUCACUUGCGGGAAGUUGGCAAUCCUUGUAGACUCAAACUUGAUUAAAAGUCAAAAUCGGAGACCAAAACCCUGAAGACCAUAUGCUUAUACCACAUUCACAUAUGCUUAUAAUAAAUAAAGUACUUAAGAUGUAUUAGGCAAACUAUGUAUCAAGUCUAGAUCUUAAGUCCUGCUUUUUAGAAAUAGUUCUUGAUUGUUAGACAAAUUUUUGUUUAAAUCUAUGACCAUGGUAGGCCAAUUUCCUAUUCACAUUAUUCCAUUCUUUUGAAAAUUGAAAUAAUAAUGAAAAUAAAAAACAUUUUUAUGUAGCCAUUUAUGAAAUGUAAAAACAUUUAAAUUUCAUAUAAUUGUAGAAUUUUAGAAAAAAUAAUAUAAUCUUAAAACUAAACUUAUUUCUUGAACUUUUCUUCCCCAGAAAUAAUAAGAGUGACCAUAACAUCCAUAAUGUCUGCUGCCUACUCAGCUCUUCUCCUGUUUGCAUUGAGUGGUAUUGUAACAGAUGGAUAUAAACAUGUUAUUUUUAUGCAUGGCAUUUUGGCUGGCCCAUCAGAAUUUGAUUAUUUUAACCAACUUGUGCAGCAAGUAACUAUGCUCUUAGCUUAGGAAUUUUUUUAUAUGAGGAAACCAUUUUAAACCGUAUUUCUUAAAAUGUUUGAACCUCAUUGUAGUGGUAUUUUUAACAAAUUAUUAUUUUAAGAACCAUAUAUUAGCAAGAUAGCAUUUAACAAGUUAAACUUAUAAUUAUUUAAUAUUUUAUGUUUUGAAAGCAAAGUAUGUUUUUUGAUUAAAUUUUAAUAAUAAACUUACUCAAACUUAAAUUUCAGGACAAAUAAAAUAUUUUUAAAAACAUAAUAUAGUACAAGGAUUAAUUAGCAUUGAUGUUAAAAAAUCUUUGGAAAUAUCCUUAAAACACAAAUAUCAGGGGUAUUUUUUAUAAUAACUAAAAAAAACUUAAUUAGGCCUACUUAUAAAUACAUUUAGAAAUAGCAAAAUUAAGUUCAACUAUGUGUAUUCCUUUUCAGUAUCGCCCUGGCACACCCACCACUCAAGUCAACUUGUACAACAAACUAGACAGUUUGGUUAACAUGUGGACCCAAGUUGAAAAAAUCAAUGGGACAAUUCAUUCUAUUUUAACAAACACAUCAUCUGAAGGGACUGUUUUAGUCUGUUUUUCUCAAGGUUUGAAUUUCAUUCAUAUUUUCUUUAUUAGUUCUGUCAUAUAACUUUCUAAUUAUUAUUGGUUAUCUAUUCGAUUUUAAAAAUAAAACAAAAUGUUUAUUUUGCAUCUUUAUCUUACUUUACUUAGCCAUACAUGUUCAAUGAACAGGUUUUUAAAUUUAAGAAAAAAAAAUGGUUUAUUUGGAGAAUAACAAUGAGAAUAAAGACUAUUUUUUAUAUAAAUUUACACAAAAAGAGUUGUCAUUAUUUUUUAUUAACAACUAAGAGGUUAUUAUGGCUCUACUCCAUUGCUCACACUAAGUUUAUCCAUGCAUGAUUCCCAAACUGUAGCAACCACUAGUUGUCUGUGGUGAUGAACCACAGCCCACUUCAUAUUUUUAGACCAUGAAUUAAUCUUGUAACACUCCUGCACUCUUGUUACCAAAGGUCACUUUGAACAGAUUUUAACAUUCAUUUUGAACAACACUGAACUGCUAGUAAGAUGUAAAAACAAAACUUCAAAUUACUGAUGCUAUAUUGAACAUGUGUUGUUUUCAAUAAACAUUCAAAUGGGACAAAUAACUAACAAAAUGGAAUAACUAUGUAAAAAGUACAGAAAAAUUAUAUAAUUUGUUAUACAUGCUUAAUUUAACCCUGAUAUUUAUUACUUAUAUUAAUUUCUUUCAUUGAACAGGUGGUCUUAUAUGUCGAGCUCUGUUAGCAACUGUUCAGCACAAUGUCCAGACAUUUGUAAGCCUUAGUGCACCGUUAGCUGGUCAGUUUGGAGGUUUGUUGAACGUACCUUAACGUUAAAUAUCUUCUUUUUGUAAAUGUGUGAAAAAUUUAAAAAAUUAAGCAGCAUGAAAAUAUGCAAGGACAUCCAGAGAAUGGUAACUUUAGGAAUCGUGAGUCAUUCUCCUUCUCAAUCUGUGAUAUUAUGUUAUUUCCCUAUAAUGAUAUAUAAACUAAAUAUGAUAAAAUCAUUUUUAGUAAAGAAGUUAACUUUUAAUGAUUUGUUAAAAAAAAGCAUUAAAAAAAUUCAAAGUAAGUGAUCACUUAGCAUUUAUUAAAAUACAAUUUUGAUACAACAUUGCAUGUAGGCCUAUUUUUUUUCUUCCUUAAAUUUCUUUCAUGCUUUCCUCUCAUCAACAGAUUCAAUUUAUCUAAGGCUCCUGUUUCCAAAUUAUCUUAAAGACAAUAUCUACAAGUAAGAUUGGCAUGCAGUUCAUUGCAUGAAGAUACAUUUCUUUGAUGGGAUGAUACAGUAGAUCAUAGGCUGUAAUUGCUUAGACACAUUUAAACAAUUCUAUUUUCAACAAAGGAAACUCAUAAUUACCGGUACCUUAAUUUAAGAGAGAGACCAAUUCUUUUUGUGCCAUUUUAAAAUAUUUUGUUAAAUUGUCUGACUAACAUUCCAUCACUGCCCAUCUUUGGGUUGGAUAGUCAAUAAAAAUCUGUGGUCUAGAUCGGGUCUUCUAGAUCUUUGCUUCAACUCGUUCACUGACCCUCACUUUCCUGUCUAUCUCUCUGAACUGUUGCUUCCUUACAUCCCCACAAGACAACUACGUUCUUCCAUUGACAGUAGAACCCUCUCAAUCCCAAGAACUAAAACUAAGACCAUCGGUGAACGCUCCUUCUGCUUCCAUGGGCCCACGUUCUGGAACCAGCUCCCCUUCCAUAUAAGUCAUAGUGAAACCUCGUCCAUUUUCAAAAAGUCCCUUAAAACUCAUCUGUUUAGGUCCGCCUAUGACCUGUGAUGCACCCUCCUUGCCCUACCUAAUUUUCUGUUUCGGUUUAAUCCUGAAGUGUCAAUUCUAUAGAAUAGUAGUUACUAUCCUAGUGUCUCAUUUGUAUUUACUUAGUUUACAUGUUUUAAUAAUUGUAAAGCGCUUAGAGCUUUAUGAUAAGCGCUAUAUAAAAAUGCCUAAAUAAAUAAAUAAAUAAAUAUGUGGUUUAGUUCAGUCUGUAAACCCUAAUGUUUACUGAGACUAUUUUCUAGUUUGCUAAAAAAAAAUUAUUAAAUUUUUAUAUCCUACCAUAGAUUUUAAUAUAACGCUAGAUACUAACAUAUUGAACAUUUUAAUACAAUAAAAAGUUAUCGUGUUUCAUACUGGUACAUAGACUUCAAAAGUUGGUUAUAUUUUUUUAUAUGUGGUAUAAAAAUAAGGAGUAAUUUCAUUCAAACAGUUUUAUAACUGGACUUAUUCAAAACAACUGCUACUUCCAGGUUGUUUUACACAAAUUCUGGCCAGGAUAUCUCCAUAGGAAAUUACUGGAAUGGUGAGUGUUGAAGGUUUGGGAGCAGUAUUUUGCUUAUUAGCAGGAAAGGUAUUUCUAGACGACAAGACAUAAAUAUGUUGCAAGUUAAAGAGAGAUUACUUUGUUAGCUGUAGGCCUAGUAGCAGUUUAAAAACAACAUAUUCUCUAACAUGAAACAAGAAACCAAUAUGAUGUGUAUUCAUUCAGUUGAUCCCAGUGCAAUGAAAUAUUGUAGAUAAUUGUAAUUUUACUGAAUUAUAUUGGUGCACCUAAACAUAUGUUUAAAAAAAAAAAAGAACUGUGCAAGUACUUUCUUGUGUAUUGUUCCUGAAACAAUCAUAAAUAGCUGGCAUUAUUUUUAAAAAAAACAACAUAUUUGUGAUUUUAAAAAACAACAAAUGUUCACCUUUCAGACCCAAAGCAAGGGGAGCUGUUCAAAAAUUUCUCCACUUUUCUUGCUGUACUGAACAACCAGUCCAGUGUUGUUAAUCCAAAAAGUCAUGGUUGUAACUUAUUAAUUUAAUUUUCUUUACAAUUCAAAGUAUUUAACAAGCAAGAUUUAUGAUUACAUUCCAUUUGACUUUAAAGGGGGACCGGUAGUCAACUUUACAUAAAAAUCAUGUUUUUUUUUUUUUGUUUUUUUUUUUUUCAUUUUUCCAAAAAGUGUAUUUUUGGUUACAAUAACCUCUUAUAAACACAAUCUUAAACACUUUUUUGAACUGGAAACUAUUUCUAAAAAAACAUUUCUGUACAAAAAAAAAAAAAAAAAAAAAAAAAAAAAGUUUUAAUCCCACUCCUAUUACUUCAAAAAUUUGUUAUAAAAUUGACAAGUUUAGCUAAGAUGAAACAUUUAUGUUAGUUGAUAUAUUAUUUUAUUAUCUUUCUUUACUUUUUUAAAGAAACUCUAAAAUAAUUGUUUCCUGUAUUUUAGAAUUUAGAGACAACUUUCUGCGGCUAAAAAAUUUAGUUUUAGCAGGUGGGCCUGAUGAUGGAGUUAUCACCCCUUGGCAAGCCAGGUACAUUGUGUGCAAUUUUUCUAAGAUUUAGCUAAACAGAUCAAGUAAUAAAUUAUUUGAAUACAAAAAUAUUGUUUUGGAAAAAAAUGUAGGUUAUUUUCCUUUUAAAAAAAAUAUUGAAUAAAUUAUAUAACCAAAAAAUUCUGAAUGUGAAAUUUUAAUAUAAUAGAUAUAUUCAAUUGCAAAUGUAUAACCUACUUGUUCAGAUUUCAGUAUAUUGCUACCGACAAGUCUUGUCAUCUUAAUCACUUAACACAGAAUUAAUACUUAGAUUUUGGGUUGUUACAUAAGAACUUAGAUAUGGGGUUACAUAAUAUGGAUUUUCUUCUCACUUGUCUAUUUUACAUUUUCAGUAUUUUCACUAUAAAUUCAUGUUUAUAACAUUUAAACUGUUUUUUUUUUACUUUGUUUCAGCCAUUUUGGGAUGUACAAUGCUUCUGAGGUUGUCCUACCUAUGGAACAACAAGAGGUAUGUUCUAUCUCUAAGUAGACUGAGCAAGUAAAAAUAAUCAAAAUAUGUACCAGUAACAAUAUGUUGCAAUCUCAGAAUUUAAAAUUUGGUCAACCAAAAAGUUCACCAACUAAUAUCAGAAUAAUUUGUUACUUUUAUCAUAUCUAAUUUGGUAUUCCAAUACAUUUUUAAUAUUAACAGUGGUACUUGAACGAUGCCUUUGGCCUUAAGACCUUGAACUUCCAGGGAGGUAUCCACACCUACACGUUUCCUGGAAUUCAACACAGACACUGGCACGCUGAGCAGAAAGUGUUUGAGACUUGCAUCAAACCAUGGCUGUGAAGCUUAUUCAAGAUGAUGCUAUUUAUGCAUUAGUCAACAGUGGUUUUGGGAAAGCUCCAAAUAAUCAUUGAGUAACAUUAAUGUACCGUAAUUAAAAUAUUGGGCAUAAAUUAUUAUUAAAAAUUGCAGUUAAAUUUUGUAUUUAUGACUCUUCAAAUUGGGUGUUUGUAGUUCAAGUAGGCAGUACUGUCCAGACAUGUUUCCUUUAUGACAUAAAAUUGCUUAUCAGAAAUAUUUUAUCAUUUCCAUCCCAGCUAAUGAGGAAAGUGCCACUACUCUAAUGUACUUACGAAUUCUCAGUGUUCAGAACUUUGUCUUCAGCACAUUUUAACAUAUGAUCAGGCCACAAGUGCAAUGUGCAACAUAAGUUUUAAAUAAGAAGUAUAAUUAAUAAUUAUAAUUUUAAAGGCACGUUUCCUUGAUGGCAACAUAUAUCUACAGAUUACAUUCCAGUAUCACGGCACAAUCAAUGAUAUCUUUAUCAUCCACAGUUUUUACACUAAAUUUUAUUGUAUGUUUGUAAAGCUGUUUCUUUACCCAAACAGUAAAAUCAGUACACUCAGUUCUUUCCUGAUUUACCAGAUUUGCAGAACCAGCGCUUAGCUUUAGUUUAAACAUUUUAUUUUCAUACAAUCUGGCAAUCAUGUUUAUUGUAUUGUAAUUGCAUUUUUUUUUUAAAUUUAUUAAGCCUUGAAUGGCCUCCCUUUACAGGCCAAGAAACAUUGUUCCUUCAAACACGUUUCUGAGAUGUCUUUCAAUCAUUAUAUAGAACAGAAUGAAAUGUUGUGUCUUUAUUAGCUUUUUAUUAAUCACUUUCAUAACAGAUUUUGUCUGCAAUAUAUAUACAUAGCAUCAUAACACACUAAUUAAUUUACAACAAUGCUGUGGAGAAAAAUGAUUUUGUUAAUGUAGAGGGAAGGGGGGUGGGUUAAAAUGCACACAUAAUAAAUGGUGUCUUCUUUGUUUUUCUGAAAAUGUUGUGUUUCAGUUAUAACUUGCAUACCCAUUUUUUUUUCCUAUUGAUAUGCUAAUGCUUUUUUAGGGUCAUGUAAAUGUGAUAAAUAAAACUAUCUGGUAAUUCAGUUUGUAUUAUUUAAAAAAAAGGGAAAAAUUAAGAAAUUUGAUUUUUGUUUAUAAUGAAUAAAAUAUGUAAAUAGACUAACAUGGUAAAAUUCUCAUAAUUACAAUUGAAACGUUAUUAUCAAUUACUUAAGGUUUAUUUUUAAAAAUGACUUUAAAACAUAAAAUGUAUGAUAUUAUAUAUUUUUUUUAUCAAAUGGUUGUCUUAUUAAGAAAUUAUCAUUAACUAAAAAUAUAGAAUAAAAAUUAUGACAUUUUUGCUACCUCUGGCUUGCUUUUUUAAGAUCACUUUUAUGAUCAAAUCUUCAAUUUAUGUCAUUGGCAUUAAUGUGUAUGUUUUAAAAAGUAAAUUUUAUUAAUGUAAUUUGCUUUUUAUUGAUUUAUUAUCGAUAACUUAGUUUUUACGCUUUUACUUUUAUCCAUUUUUGCUCAAUAUUAAUAUGGACAGCAGUUUAAUUUUUGAAAGUAUAUUUCCUUUUCUGUAUCUUUUAUAAUAUGCAGAUAAAUAAGUUUCAUUUUCAUUGUUUAGAUUGAUACAAUUAUUUGUAGACCCAGGUCUGCUCAUCAAUCUAAACAAUGAAAAUCAAAUUUACUUAUCUUCAUAUUAUAAAAGAUAGAGGCCCCCCCCCCUCACCCAAACUAAAACCACGCAACUGGGAAAUGUUCCCAUAUAAUUUAUAUUUUUUUAUUUAUUUUGAAGGGGUGGGGACCUUUUUCUUUUCCCCAUGCCACCUACCUAAAAAUGUUUCACAUACAACCAAGGUGUUGAAUAUACACCAACCUGGAGUAAAACAAUAAUUUUAAUUUAAUGAAGAUCAUGCAGAAUCUUAAGACAUUCUCUUGUAUGAUUAUUGAUGACCGGUUGUGUCAUGUUUUAUAUUAUGAAAACCACGAUCAGGGCUCAUAUCUAAGAGUUUAUUAUUCUGGGUCAGAUCAUAUAACAAAAAAGUACAGCACACCAGUAGUUACACAUUGUAAACAUAUCUGAUGUAAUGUCUGGCAAAGCUGGGUUUUUUUCAAAAUUCAUCAGCUGUUAUUAUUGCUAUUAAAUUUAAAAGGCAUUAUAAUGUGUUCGAUAGUGAUCUCGUGGAAAUCAACAAUGGAACUUACUUGAACACAUAUGUGUAGGCUACUUUGUGCAAAAAUGCUAUUGUUAUCUGUCUGAUUUAUUAUUUUUUUUUUACAAAUUGCAAUAAUCAGAAUUUACUGCACAGUUGUUAUUUUUUUAUAUGCCUAUACAAUAUUGUUUUACUAUGGAGAAAUUUAUUUCAUGAAUGUUAAAAAAAAAGUAAUUAAAAGUAAUAAAAGCUUGCUACUUUUCGUGACCUGAAACUGAAUAUGUUGUCAAUGUAUUGUAAUUUGGAUUAAAAUUGUCUCCUAACUUCACUAUGUCAUCUAAUUUACAAAUCAAUGUCAUUUUUAACCCCCCAAAAAUGUGAUUGCAGGCUAAUUUUCUAUAGAGCUUGUAUUUAAAUUCAUGUAUGAAUAAAAAGCUAUCUA